AUGGGCUUGCGUGACGGUUUUAUCAAUUUACCCAAAAUUGAUCCUUUAAACGUGCCUUUAUUAAACAUACAGCCAGGUCCUGAGAGUCCUGUAAAUAUUGAUUUGAUACUGAAAAACAAUUUACUAACUGGUUUAAAAGAUGCCAAGGCUAUAAGUGUAAGUGGCUUCGAAAGGGACAUGUCCAAAAAACACGAAAUAAUUUUACAAAUUCCACAAGUUCAUAUGACGGGCGAUUAUAACGUUAAAGGUCAAGUUAUUGCGCUACCAGUUGAAGGCAAUGGAAAACAUGAGAUUACUUUGAACGAUAUCAACGUGAUUCUACACUUCACCGGUACUCCCUAUGUCAAAAAUGGUCGCACCUAUAUGAAAAUAGAUGACCUAACUGUCGGUCUUACACCAAAAAAGGUCGUAUUCAAUUUUGAUAAUUUAUUCCAUGGAGACAAGGUUUUGACCGAAAAUGUAAAUAAUUUCGUUAAUGAGAAUUGGUUGGAAAUUUUCACCGAAAUUCGCAGCUCACUUAUUAAUGGCCUGUCACCAGUUUUGCAGAAAAUUGUCAAUGAUGUCUUCUCGAAAUUACCCUAUGAAGAGUUUUUUGCUAAACCAUCUGGCGGUGUGACCAGAUGUCAUCGUGGUGAUAAUGCUUGUUUUACCCAGAGCGCACAGGAAGUUUUGCAUAAAUACCCUGGGGGUUUGCGUGAUUUGGAUUUAUUGCCUUUUGAUCCCUUACGUGUUAAUAGUUUGACACUGGAAAGAAAUCCCUCAAGUCCUGUUAAUAUCGAAUUGAAAUUCAAAGAACUUGAUUUGUUUGGCCUAAAAACAGCUCAAGUGAAAGCUGUGAAGGGUUUUACUUUCGAAGGACGCAGUGAAUUGGAAGCUGUAGUACCGGAAUUCGUUUUGAAAGGAAAAUAUAAUGCCGAUGGACGUGUAUUAAUCUUGCCCAUUGUGGGAAGUGGAAAUUCAAUAAUCAGUUGCAAAAACCUCCAACUAAAAUACUCCUUCGAUUUGAAGCCUGUGGAGAAAAACGGCAAAGUUUUCGCCGCAUUGGAACAUGUUAAAUUGGAAUUCAAACCGGAACUUGUUCAAUUCCAUUUCGAGAAUCUAUUCAAUGGCGACAAAGCUUUGGGUGAUAAUAUGAACAAAUUCUUAAAUGAAAAUUGGCGUGAUAUUUAUAAUGAAUUGGAACCUGGCUUUGCCAAGUCCUUGAGUUUGGUGGCCAAACAAAUGAUUAAUAAUAUUUUGGCUAAACAUCCCUACGAUGUAUUAUUUGCCUAAACUUACUUAAUGGUUAUUUGUUUAAAGUUUUAACUUUUAUUAAUAAAUUUGUUACAAUAAAAUUAA